UUAUUAACAUUAAUAUUAUUAUGUAUUCUGUGUAUCUCCUUUUGGUGAUAUCACACUAAAACAAUUGAGACGUGGAUUAAUUUACUUGGGUUUGGUUUCUGAAGAAUGUACUUACUUGAUAGUAAUUACCCAGAAAGGAUGGAGCGGGGUACGUCACAAAGGAAAACAGUUUAUCGGAUCUCUUUGACUUUAGUGAAAAAAGAGAAUCUGCACGAUGGAGGAGGGUCAGCACACCGGCAACUGGAGAACCCUAAAGUGAACGCUUACCGGCGGGAGGGAUCCUGUGAGAUUCAUCGGAGCUCCCAGCUAGAAGAACUAACAGAAGUUGAGGAUGAGACGGAUGAAUUUUCUGGCCACUCAUACAUGAGAAACUUUAGGACCUUUAGUACUGGACAUCUGGAGUUGGGCAGGUUAAAAAUCUCUAGGAGGGCACAGAAUUUACACAAAGACAGGGAAUUAAAUGAAACCUGCAUCUUGCCAGAGCACGGUCAGAGCAAGGCAACUGAGAAUUGGGCAUCAAUGCACACAAAGAAUACGCCGCCAAAGGAUAUGACUGAAACUGAUAGGCUAAAGAAUAGAGAAAUCUGCAGUACAACUGCACCUAAUAGACAAAACACAGGCAUUAGAAAGAAGAUCUUUAAGACCUCCAGGAGCACAGAAGAACCGGUAAGUACGUGGUCGUACGAGACACAGGCCUCCGAGGAGGCAAAGAACUCUCAGAAGAUAGGCGGGAUGGCCAAAGAGAGCUGCAUCUCUUCUUUGCUGGCUAAAGGGAAUGGGAAGUCACCCAAGCCAGCAUCUCAAACCCCCCCAGUGAAGAGGCACCCAAGCCUGCUGCAUCGAAGUUUCAGCUUUCGCCACUGGACGGGUGGAGAGUUGAUUCGCAUACGGGCGCUUUCCAAAGAGAAGCACCACAGCAGCUCGGGUUGCAUCGGCCGUGACGGGGGGGAGAGCCAGGCCCAGCCCGCUGUGGUUCUGCAAAACCCAGCCUUCGAUGAGUCGGAGUACACUGAGAAGCGAAACACCUUGGAUGUUGGCGAGGUCCUGAGCAAAACGGACUCCAUGAUGGAGCUAAGCCGAAGGGACAGGGCAAAGGGCAAGAACCGCACAUUGGACAACAGUGACCUGCUCAGGCUUUCAGAGAAAUCUUUGGUGGAAAAGGAGGGUUUCAUCAGAGGGACAGGCUCCCGUUCUAGUGGACAGGAGCGUAAACUCAUUCGGUUCUUCAGCGGUAUCUUCUCAAAGAGAGAUGGGACGUCCACGCCAUUGGGCAGCCCCAGCAAUCGGGCACUCCAAAAGAAGGUCCUGCUGGGAUCUCAGCGGCGAUCCGAAGUGGGCUACACACAGUCCAGCACAGAGAGUGUCAAUGGAAGCCCACCGGAUGAUGCCUUUGUCAACAGUCAGGAGUGGACGCUCAGUCGCUCAGUUCCAGAACUCAAAGUGGGCAUUGUGGGUAAUUUAGCCAGUGGGAAGUCUGCGCUGGUGCACAGGUAUCUGACGGGGACAUACGUGCAGGAAGAAAGCCCUGAAGCUGACGUGGAUGCAGGAGGACGUUUUAAAAAGGAGAUUGUAGUGGAUGGACAGAGUUACCUUCUCCUGGUUAGGGAUGAAGGGGGACCUCCGGAGGCUCAGUUUGCAUUGUGGGUGGAUGCGGUGAUCUUUGUGUUCAGUCUUGAGGAUGAGAUCAGUUUUCAGACGGUCUAUCACUACUAUAGUCGUAUGGCCAACUACCGCAACACAGCAGAAGUGCCCCUGGUGCUUGUGGGAACUCAGGAUGCUAUCAGUGCAGCUAACCCUCGUGUCAUCGAUGACACACGCGCUCGCAAACUUUCUAAUGACCUGAAGAGGUGCACCUAUUACGAGACAUGCGCCACCUACGGCCUCAACGUGGAACGGGUCUUCCAGGAUGUGGCUCAGAAAAUAGUUGCGACCCGGAAGAAACAGCAACUGUCAAUUGGACCCUGUAAGUCGCUGCCCAACUCUCCAAGCCACUCCUCAGUCUGCACAGCACCUGUGUCCGCAGUGCACAUCAACCAGACCAGUAAUGGCGGAGGCAGUUUGAGUGAUUACUCCUCUUCCGUGCCCUCCACUCCAAGUACCAGUCAGAAGGAAUUGCGGAUUGAUGUGCCCCAAACUGCCAAUACCCCAACGCCCGUCCGCAAGCAGUCCAAACGACGCUCCAACCUCUUUACGUCUCGGAAGGGGAGCGAACCAGACAGGGAGAAGAAAGGGAUGGAUGGUCGUGCAGACAGCAUUGGAAGUGGCCGCGCUAUCCCAAUUAAACAGGGCAUGUUACUGAAAAGAAGUGGCAAAUCGCUCAACAAAGAGUGGAAGAAAAAAUAUGUCACGCUUUGUGACAAUGGAGUCCUCACCUAUCAUCCCAGUCUGCAUGAUUACAUGCAGAAUGUUCAUGGGAAGGAGAUCGACCUGCUUCGGACUACAGUGAAGGUUCCAGGGAAGAGGCCCCCAAAGGCCAUCUCCACAUGUGCAGCCCCCAGCCCCAAAACCAAUGGGCUGGCCAAGGACAUGAGCAAUCUGCAGCUUGGACAGACACCUGGCUCUGUAAGCAGUAGUUCUUCUGCAUCUCAGAUGGCAAGUGGCAUCAGUCUGGUGUCGUUUAACAGUCGGCCGGACGGGAUGCAUCAGCGCUCAUACUCUGUGUCCAGCGCUGACCAGUGGAGUGAUGCCACAGUCAUCGCCAACUCAGGAAUCAGCACAGAUACUGGCCUGGGAGAUUCCAUGUGCUCCAGUCCUAGUAUAUCCAGCACCACCAGUCCAAAGAUGGAUCCUCCCCCAUCGCCUCAUGCGAAUCGCAAAAAACAUAGGAGGAAGAAGAGUACUAGCAACUUCAAGGUUGACGGCUUCUCUGGCACCGCAGAAGAACAAGAGGACAACUUUGAAUUCAUCAUCGUGUCUUUGACGGGACAGACAUGGAACUUUGAGGCAACGUCCUAUGAGGAGCGGGACGCGUGGGUGCAGGCCAUUGAAAGCCAGAUUCUGGCAAGCCUGCAAUCCUGCGAGAGCAGCAAACAGAAGUCUCGUCUGAGCAGCCAAUCAGAAGCCAUUGCACUGCAGUCGGUCAGGAACAUGAGAGGAAAUACACGUUGUGUGGACUGUGAAGCCCAGAAUCCUGAUUGGGCUAGUCUGAAUCUGGGCGCUCUGAUCUGUAUUGAAUGUUCAGGUAUUCAUCGUAACCUGGGUACUCACCUGUCCCGUGUCCGCUCCUUGGACCUGGACGAGUGGCCUCUUGAGCUCAUCAAGGUCAUGUCGGGCAUUGGCAACGAACUCGCCAAUAGCGUGUGGGAAGCCAAUGCUCAAGGACGCCUAAAGCCUGCCCCCGAUGCUAGCAGAGAGGAACGUGAGCGCUGGAUCAGGGCCAAAUAUGAGCAGAAGCUGUUUUUGGCAUCGCUAAACUGCACAGAGCUGACUCUGGGACAGCAGUUAUUGCAUGCCACAGCAGAGGAAGACCUGCGCUUUGUGGUUAUUCUGCUGGCCCAUGGCUCCAGAGAUGAGGUUAACGAAACCUGUGGGGACGGGGAUGGCCGGACAGCCCUGCAUCUGGCAUGCCACAAAGGAAACGUGGUGAUCACACAACUACUCAUAUGGUACGGAGUGGACAUCAUGUCACGGGACGCCCACGGCAAUACGCCGUUGGCAUACGCAAGGCAGGCUAACAGUCAGGAGUGUAUGGACAUCCUUCUUCAGUACGGUUGUCCCGACGAGCGUUACCCGCUCAUGGCCACGCCCAACUUGUCACGCAGGAACAAUAACCGCAAUAACAGUUGCAGCAGCAUGAACAGUGCAGUUAUAUGAGGAAUAAAACUGACAGGAAUACACUCACAUUUGUAUUCCUACAAUACAUUUUAUACAUGCACUCCCUCUCCCUCGCUACACACACUCUCAUGUACACCCUCCACCACUAUUUCAGAAUCAUGAGUGCAGCAUAUACCAGACUCAAGGGAAUGACUUAAACACUGAUGAUGAUAAUGCAUGAGCGUUUGCACUCACAACCCCACUUGGCACCCUGACUAUUCAAGCCCUUUGUUUGAAAAACUUGUCAUGGAAAGGGCCUUGGUGACCUCUUCUUGUUAACUUUUGUUGGGAGAGUCCUCCAUCUCGAAUGUCUUGCUGCAUUAUGGAACAAAAUAUAUUUAAACAGCCCUACUUUCAUUUUUAAAGGUACAAGAUUUGGGAGAUUAGGGUAAGGGUUAGUGAACUGUUGGGCAGUUGGCGCAUCUGUCAUCAGCAUCCUGCUCCCUGCUUCUUUUAUGUGAAGUCCAACAUAUGGCAUAGCAAGACAGUAAAUGAUGAGGCAGUAUGGGAUACUUACUCUUACGCCGGAUCUCCAAAUGUGAUCCACAAUUCCCAGAGAACUUCAUUUUGGUCACAAUCUCUUCUCUCUUUCUCACUGUUUCAGUCAAUCUAUAUUCAUUCGAUUUCAGCCAUUUACAUCAUUAUGUCCACUUUUUAAUAAAUGUGAAAGGAAGUUUUGAUGUAAUAGCAUUUUUGGAAAAUACCCCAAUAUUGAAUCAUAGUUUGAAUCUGACUUGAUCUUUUAAGCGUUUUUGUUUUAACAGGUCAUAAAUUGUUGCAGAGUAGUUUUUAUCUUGUUGCUUAUUGUUGGACCAACAGAAGAAAAUUAGGCAUUUGUUUAUUGCCUUUUUUCUUUCUUUUUUUCUCCAAAGUAAAGGGAAUUGCUUAUAUUUUGCAGAUGUACGUUUUAAUUAAAACACGUCAAAAUAGCCUUACAUGUUGAUACCCAUUCAUUGUGAUUCUUAAUGCUGAAAGACAGGCUUCUUCUGAAAUUCUUUACCUGAAAUCAGGUGACAGUGAAGUAUGCAGGCGCAUAUUUGUGUGUUACAGAUUCAGAUUAACUACAGUACACUGACUGGCACAUAACUGUUUCCAGAUGGAAGAUUGCUGGCUGAAGCUAAGUCUGAUCUCAUGUGUUUAACAUCACCAUACAUUUUGUUUCCUCAUUUUAUGAUAGAAAUACCAACACAGGUUGGGUCUCGCAACAUCGCACAGAAUAACAGGAAAAUACUCUAGACCACAAAAUUUGGUCAUGCAAGAGACUGAAAUGUGCUUUCAGUAUGUAAUGUGCCCUUUCUAGCCAUCUUUGUGUCACUGUUCACACACUUAGCAAUUUAUAACUCACAAAUAUUGCAAUUAAAAAUAGUCACAAUUGUGAGAAAUAAAAUCAUGUAGACUUCAUUGUCUCACAAUUUUUACUUUAUUUCUCACAAUUGCAGCUUUAUAUCUCACAAUUUCUAAUUGAUAUCUUGCAGUUUUGACUGUA